UCAUUCUCAUCGCGUGAGUUUGAGACUCUCUCUCUCUCUCUCUCUCUCUCUCUCGCUCUUUUCUUUCUUCUUCACAUCUUCCAUAACCCUAACCCUAAUUCUAAUUCAUCACAAAAAUUUCAUUCAUAACCCCUUUUUCAUCUUCCACAACACAACACAACACGCACUCUCUCAAAACCCUAACACUGAUACGAUCGCACACUCUUCUCCGAUGGACUCAACGCAGAACAAUCUCUUCGACACCGCUUCACAACCCGACACAGGAACCGACGCAUACACUUUCCUCGAAUUCAACACCCAAGGCGAAGAUUUCGACUAUCCUGACUUUCGCGACCCGAUUAGGUCACCCGUUGCGUGGCCUACACCUUCCGAUUCGCUCGCUGACCCGUCUGGCUCCGCCGGGUCGGAUCAUCACUCGGAUGCAUCUCCCGUUUCUGCUGCUCCUACAAAAGGUGGUAGGUCCGGUGGAGGAAGUGGAAGCGGGUCACAGAUGGUGGAUUCGCUUGCUUCUGGGAUGAGUGGGUUGAAUUUUGAAGAUACUGGUGAUGACGAUAAUUAUGAAUUUGGAAAAGGGGAUUUUACUGAACAUGCUUGUCGUUAUUGUGGAGUUUCAAAUCCUGCCUGUGUUGUUAGGUGUAAUGUGCCUUCGUGUCGAAAAUGGUUUUGUAAUUCAAGAGGAAAUACUUCUGGAUCGCACAUUGUCAAUCAUCUGGUUCGGGCAAAGCACAAGGAAGUCUGUCUGCACAAAGACAGUCCAUUGGGAGAAACAAUUCUUGAAUGCUACAACUGUGGGUGUCGUAAUGUGUUUCUCCUUGGGUUUAUAUCUGCAAAGACAGAAAGUGUAGUUGUUCUUCUUUGUCGUGAACCUUGUUUGAGUGUCAAUGCUUUGAAGGAUAUGAAUUGGGAUCUUACUCAAUGGUGUCCCUUGAUUGAUGAUAGGUGUUUCUUGCAGUGGCUUGUCAAGAUCCCAUCUGAGCAGGAGCAGUUAAGGGCACGCCAAAUAAGUGCACAGCAAAUAAAUAAGGUGGAAGAAUUGUGGAAGACAAACCCCGAUGCUUCUUUUGAGGACCUUGAGAAGCCUGGUGUAGACGAUGAACCUCAGUCAGUGGCUUUGAAAUAUGAAGAUGCAUAUCAGUAUCAAAACGUAUUUGCACCUCUCAUUAAGCUUGAAGCUGAUUAUGAUAAGAUGAUGAAAGAAUCACAAAGCAAGGACAACCUCACAAUUCGAUGGGAUAUUGGUCUCAAUAAGAAGCGCGUUGCAUAUUUUGUAUUUCCAAAGGAAGAUAAUGAGUUACGGCUUGUACCUGGUGAUGAGCUACGUUUGCGUUAUUCCGGUGAUGCUGCACAUCCUUCGUGGCAGUCAGUGGGUCAUGUGAUUAAGCUAACUGCACAAGAGGAGGUUGCAUUGGAACUUCGGGCUAGUCAGGGGGUUCCUGUUGAUGUCAACCAUGGUUUCAGUGUUGAUUUUGUCUGGAAAAGUACCAGCUUUGAUAGGAUGCAAGGAGCUAUGAAAACCUUUGCUGUAGAUGAGACAAGUGUCAGUGGGUAUAUAUAUCACCACUUACUGGGUCAUGAAGUUGAGGUUCAGAUGGUGCGUAAUGCAUUGCCCCGUCGCUUUGGUGCACCGGGUCUUCCAGAACUGAAUGCAUCUCAAGUAUAUGCUGUCAAGAGUGUUCUUCAGAGGCCUAUUAGUUUGAUUCAAGGGCCACCUGGAACUGGUAAGACUGUUACUUCUGCAGCACUUGUAUAUCACAUGGCCAAACAAGGUCAGGGACAGGUUUUGGUUUGUGCACCUAGUAAUGUAGCCGUGGACCAGUUGGCUGAAAAGAUAAGUGCUACUGGAUUGAAGGUUGUGAGGCUUUGUGCAAAGUCAAGGGAAGCUGUGAGUUCACCUGUUGAGCAUUUAACUCUUCACUAUCAGGUUCGACAUCUUGACACAUCUGAUAAGAGUGAACUGCACAAGUUACAACAGCUAAAGGAUGAACAAGGAGAACUUUCUAGCAGUGAUGAGAAGAAAUACAAAGCACUUAAGCGAGCUACAGAGAGGGAGAUUUCUCAGAGUGCUGAUGUGAUUUGCUGUACAUGUGUUGGGGCUGGAGAUCCCAGGCUUGCUAAUUUUAGAUUUCGUCAGGUACUUAUUGACGAGUCCACUCAAGCAACAGAACCUGAAUGUCUCAUUCCUUUGGUUCUUGGAGCAAAGCAGGUUGUUCUUGUUGGUGAUCAUUGUCAGCUUGGUCCAGUUAUUAUGUGCAAGAAAGCAGCACGGGCUGGGUUAGCACAAUCACUUUUUGAACGCCUUGUUCUUCUUGGUGUCAAACCAAUAAGGUUGCAGGUUCAGUACCGUAUGCAUCCAUGCCUUUCAGAAUUUCCCUCAAACAGUUUUUAUGAAGGCACCCUACAAAAUGGAGUUACUGUUAAUGAGAGACAAUCUACAGGAAUUGAUUUUCCUUGGCCUGUUCCAAACCGUCCCAUGUUUUUUUAUGUUCAGAUGGGACAAGAAGAGAUAAGUGCUAGUGGUACAUCUUAUUUGAAUAGGACCGAGGCUGCAAACGUUGAAAAGAUUGUAACUACUUUUUUAAAAAGUGGUGUGGUUCCGAGUCAGAUCGGUGUUAUAACACCUUACGAGGGGCAAAGAGCUUAUAUUGUAAACUAUAUGUCAAGAAAUGGUGCUCUUAGGCAGCAACUUUACAAAGAGAUUGAGGUUGCUAGUGUCGAUUCCUUUCAAGGAAGGGAGAAAGACUAUAUCAUUCUAUCAUGUGUUAGAAGUAAUGAGCAUCAGGGAAUUGGAUUCCUGAAUGACCCCAGGAGACUCAAUGUUGCUCUGACACGAGCAAGAUAUGGUAUUGUUAUACUGGGAAACCCUAAAGUUCUGAGCAAGCAGCCUCUGUGGAAUGGUUUAUUGACUCACUAUAAGGAACAUGAAUGCUUAGUGGAAGGGCCUUUAAAUAACCUGAAGCAGAGUAUGGUUCAGUUCCAGAAACCCAAAAAGAUUUACAAUGAACGUAGGCUUUUUUAUGGAGGUGGACCUGGAGUUGCCGCUAAUGAUAAUUUUGGUUCUGGUGCUGGCACAAGUUCAGAUCGGAGGACUGGUAGAGGAAGGGGAUCUUAUAUACCUUCUGGUCCACCAAAUGGAAAUCACAAACCUGGAUUGCAUCCUGCUGGGUUUCCUGUGCAAAGGGUUCCCUUGCCUCCUUUCCAUGGUGGUCCCCAGUCUCAACCAUAUGCCAUUCCUUCUCGCGGGGCUGUUCAUGGACCUGUUGGGGCAGUUCCUCAUGUUCCAUCUCCAGGGAGUCGGGGAUUUGGGGCUGGGCGAGGUAAUUCUGGUGCUUCAAUUGGCAAUCAUCUUCCACACCAAGGCACCCAACCGCCUAUUGGAUCUGCAUUUAAUUUCCCUGCUCUAGAGAACCCCAACAGCCAGCCAUCUGUUGGUGGUCCAUUGUCUCAGCCUGGCUUUGCUAAUAAUAUGCCGGUCCAAGGAGCAGGCCAGUCAUUCCGAGAUCAAUUUUCUGUUCCUGGAAUGUCUCAGGACUUCUUGGGUGAUGACUUCAAGAGCCAAGGAUCUCAUGUUCCUUAUAAUGUAACUGAUUUCUCGACACAGGCUUCUCAAAGUGGAUAUGCUGUCGAUUAUGCAACACAAGGAGCACAAGGUGGAUUCCCAGGGAACUUUCUUAACCAGAAUUCUCAAGCUGGAUAUUCACGCUUUGGUUCUGGAAAUGAUUUUAUGUCUCAGGACUACAUGGGCCAUGGAUCCCAGGGCCUUUUCACCCAGGUUGGAUUCAGCGAUCCCUUGCAAGAUGAUGCAACACAGAACCAUUUCAAUGUGGCUAAUUCCAACCCUCUUCAGUCACAGAUGAAUUCACUGUACUCCCAGCCUUUUGCUCAUUACAACACACAGCCACUGAAUAUGCAGGCUUCUCAACAACAGCCUCAGGGUCAGAGCUCCCAGAAUCAAAAAAUUCACUACAACGGUUGAGGAACUUUAGAAGCUUAAUGUGGCUUUGAUGGGUUAUAGUCUUUGCAAUCAGCGACCGGGUUUGUGCCUAUCUUGUGCUGCUAUAUGUUCGCACGAGACAUCCGAAGGAUUGACUUCUUGUGGCACCCAUAGUGAAGGCUUUGGUAUAAUAUGAUUGGCGUUGGUGGAAUUGUGGGGCAUUGAGAAGAUACAGGUAGGCAUAUUCCGGGCUGAAACAUGAAAGGAUAACCCUGUUACCUUACUGAAGUUUUGUAUUGUUUGGGAUUAAGGUGAAAUUGUUGGAGAAAGCAUUACAUGGAAAGGUUUUGUCGAAAGGGUUUCGAUCUUGGAAGCAGACAAUGUUGUCGGUGAAAUACUGAAUAUAGUAAUCCAUACGGCACCAAAAAUCGCCGAAUGGACUAAUUGUAUAGAAGGCAAGCCAGGAAUGCAGUGAACCCUUUCAGCUCCUCCUGACAUGUAAUUAUUAUACUCUUAUUUUAAAAACAUGAUGUGUCUGAAAGCUAUACUGUGCAACUGUUGUGACUCACAAUUUGUGGCAUAUAAAGGUGUGUUGAUUGUUUUUCAUGUAAAUUAGGCUUGUUAUGUGAAACAAGACAUGAGUGCCCGACUUAAUUCAUGUACGGGUUAACCACUAACCGGUGCCAGAAGUUUUAAAUUCAAGUACUUUCAUUGCCUGGUAAAAUUCAAGUUUGGUUUGGUA